CUCUCUGAUGUCACAAAACAGUAGGCGGAAACAGGCAACGCGGGGACGAAGAGGACUUUUUCAGAUCCUCUUGAAAGUUCAACUCCGUAUGCCGUUUACAGAAAAGGAAUCGGCCUGAAGUCACCGUGUAUCGUACACCGGAUCAGCUUCCCAAGCGCCAUGGCUGUGGCAAUUGCGGAUGACCUUCGUUGUCCCACCUGCCUCAACAUUUUUAAAGAUCCCGUCAUGCUGAAGUGCAGUCACAGUUUUUGCCGAGCAUGCGUGAAGAAUUGGUGGAAGCAUAAACAAACCAGCACCUGUCCAGUCUGUAGGAAAAGAUGCGUACCACCAAAAUUGUCUUCGAACCUGACACUGAAGAACAUAUGCGAAACCUUCACACAAGCCUCAGUGGAGACGGAGGCCUUCUGCAGUUUGCACGAGGAGAAAAAGAAGCUCUUCUGUUUGGACCACCAGGAGUGCGUGUGCCUCAUCUGCAGAGAUGCCCAAAUACACACAGGCCACAAGUUCCGUUCCCUACACGAGGUCGCGCAGGAGCACGAAGAGAAACUUCAGAAAGCCUUGCAAAUAGCUGAGGAACAACUGAAAGAUUUCACUUGUAUUAGUGACGACUACAACAACCAAGGAGAGUAUAUCAAGGCCCAGCGGGUCCAGAUAGAAAGUAAGAUUAAGAAGGCGUUUGAGGAGUUUCGGCUCUUUCUGUAUGUUGAGGAGGAUAGCAUGUUGUCUGCUCUAAGGGAAGAAGAGCAAAAGAAAAGUCAGAUGAUGAAGGCCAAUACUAAGGUUCUAAGCAGAAACUUGGCUGAAAUCUCAGAUGCGAUCAGAAGCACGAAAAAGCAUCUGACGGCUGACCACGUUUCCUUCAUGAAUAACUUUCACGAUGCAAUGAACAGAAUCCAACAGCUGCCCCAGAAGCCCAAGAUGUUCCCGGGAGCACUGAUAGAUGAAGUCAAAUAUCAGGGCAACCUCAAGUUCACCGUGUGGGAACGAAUGAAGGAGAUGGUAUCCUACAGUCCUGUUAUUCUGGACCCAAACACGGCCUCGCAUUUAUUAAGUCUGUCCGAUGAUUUGACCAGCGUGAGCUUAAACGUUGUCGAACAGCGGCGUCCAGAGAACCCCGAGCGCUAUCAGUCUCGAGUACGGGUGCUCGGUUCCGCUUUGGAUCCGGGUACACAUGUCUGGGAUGUUGAAGUAGGAGAUAAUGUGGAUUGGUUAGUGGGCGUUGUUGGGGGGGACUGUUUGCCGCAUAGCUCCUUUGUAUGGGGCAUUAGAUUUAGUUGCGGUGAAUAUCAAGUUUUUUCAUUACCAUAUCCAGUCCAGAAAUUGCCAAUCCAAACAAAUGUGCAGAGGGUGCGAGUUCAUGUCGACACAGACACGCGAUCACUUUCAUUCUCUGAUUCGCUUACAAACACUGAAUUAUACACCCGAAAGAACAUUCCCAUUUGGACAAGUUUGUCUGAUAACAGGACAAUCUAUCCUUACUUUUACACUUCUGAUAAACGUCCACUGAAAAUCAUACCAUGUCCAAUUUCUGUUCAAACCCACGUUCAAGAAUGAAGUCUGUUAUGUUAUGGAUCUGAAUCAGAAAAUCGGCUUUUAUGAGAAAGACGCAGUGUUUUAGCAAAUGGGUUUAUGAAUCAGUCUACAGUGCUGGCCAAAAGUAUUUGUACCCCUGCUUCUGUCAGAUAAUCCUCAAUUCCUCCCAGAAAAUGAUUGCAGUUACAAAUGCUUUGAUAGUAAUACCUGCAUUUAUUUUGCUUGCAAUGAAAAAACAAAAGAGGAUUAAAAAGAAAAAAAAUCUAUCAUUUUACACAAAACUCCAAAAAUGAGCCAGGUAAAGGUUUGGCACCCUCAGCCUAAUAUUUGGUAGCACAUUGACAAAAUAACUGCAAACAACUGCUUCCGGUAUCCAUCAAUUGAGAUUACCGUUUUACAAUGCUCUGCUGGAAUUUUAGACCAUUCUUCUUUGGCCAACUGCUCCAGGUCUCUGAGAUUUGAAGGGUGCCAUUUUCAGAUCUUUCCACAGGUGUUCUAUGGGAUUCAGGUCUGGACUUAAUGCUGGCCCCUUUUGAAGUCUCCAGUGCUUUCUCUCAAACCAUUUUCUAGUGCUUUUUGAAGUGCCUUUGGGGUCAUUGUCCAGCUGGAAGGCCCAUAACUUCUGAGGGAGAACCAUCUUUCUCACACUGGGCCCUACAUAAUCCUGCAAUAUUUCUUGGUAGUCUUCAGACUUCAUAUUGCCAUGCUUACGGUCAGGCAGUCCAGUGCCAGAGGCAGAAAAGCAACCCCAAAACAUCAGGGAACCUCGGCCAUGUUUGACUGUGGGGACCAUGUUUUUUCUUUGAAGGCCCCGUUUUUUCCCCCUCUAAACUUGUUGCAUUUUCCCAAAAAGCUCUAUUUUUGUCUCAUCUGAACAGAGAGCAUUCGUCAAAAACGUUUGUGGCUUUCUUAGAUAAGUUUUGGCAAACUCCAGCCUGGGUUUUUCAUGUCUCUGGAUCAGAAGUGGGGUCUUCCUGGGUAUCUUACCAUAGAGUCUCUUUUCAUCCAGACGCCAACGGAUAGUAUGGGUUGACACUGUUGUACCCUCGGACUGCAAGACAGUUUGAACUUAUUAGGAUGUUUGUCGAGGUCCUUUAUCCACCAUCCGCACAAUCUUUCGUUGAAAUCUCUCGUCAAUUUUUCUUUUCCAUCCACUUCUAGGAAGGUUAGCCACAGUGCCAUGGGCUUAACAGUUAUGGAUGACACUGCGUACGGUAGACGCAGGAACAUUCAGGUCUUUGGAGAUGGACUUGUAGCCUUGAGGUUGCUCAUGCUUCCUCACAAUUUUGCUUCUCAAGUCCUCAGACAGUUCUUUGGUCUUUUUUCUUGCCAAAUCCAUGCCCAAUUUGGUACACACAAGGAAAUAGGACAGAGGUUGAGUCGACUUAAAUCCAUUUUAACUGGCUGCAGAUGCGAUUUAGUUAUUACCACCAGCUGUUAUGUGCCACAGCUAAGUAACAGGUGCUGUUAAUUACACAAAUUAGAGAAGCAUCACAUGAUUUUUCAAAGGGUGCCAAUACUUUUGUCAGGCCCAUUUUUGGAGUUUUGUGUCAAAUGAUAAUGCUUUUUUUCCCCAUUCUCCUUUGUGUUUUUUCAUUGCAAGCAAAAUAAAUGAAGAUAUUACUACCAAAGCAUUUGUAAUUGCAAUCAUUUUCUGGGAGAAAUUGAGCAUUAUCUAACAGAAUUGCAGGGGUGGCAGCACUGUAAAUAGAGCUUUUUUCAGCUGUUGGCCUGAUCUGAAGUUUGAACGGCUGAGAACUGUGUUUCCACUGCACAUUUCACCCUUCACUGGCGCAGUUUGUAUCAUGCAGAUCUAUCGUCAACCCCAACGCUUUGCUGAAAUGCCCAAGGGAGUAUCAAGGGCCCAGCCAAAGAAUGUAACUAGGGAUGUCCCGAACCCAUCACGUGAUCGUAGAUGGGGCUGAUUGCGCCAUUUUUCAGAGGAUCAGAAUCAGAUGAAAAGGAUUGUGUUUUUCAUUUAAAAAAUAUACAGUGGUACCUCGACUUCCGAAAUUAAUUUUUUCUGGAAGUCGUUUCCUGGUAGGCAGGUGAACAGGAUAUUGACCACCACCGCAUUGGUACAGUAGGUGGCGGUACGCACCUGACAGUUGCUUGCAAUCCGCCAUUAAACUAAGUUUUUGAGCUUAUUAAGCUUCUGGUUACAGUGCAGUCAAUUUUAUUGCUUGUUUUUUCCAUUCUGCAGUUUUAAAUAAAGCUGAUUAGUCAAUAAAUUUUCUGGUUCUUUCUUUGAAUAUGGACUCAGAUCUCUGUAAGUUGGUUUGUAUGCACGGUGAUCCCUCGUUUUUCUCAGUUAAUGGGGACCAGAACUAGCCGUGAUAAGUGAAAAAGUUCUUGUGUGUGUGCCAUGCAUUUAUUCAGAUUUAACAUUACCGUUUCGUUUUCUCUCAAAUGAUUUUUUUUUUUAAAGUUUGGCUUAAUGUGGUUAUGUAAUGGGUUAUCGUACAGUAUCAUUAUAAUAACAGUUUAUAUAGAAGUUUGUGCUGAAAAGAAAAAAAUACCAUGGUUGAAUAAAAAAAUUAAACAAAAAUAAGCAGUCACUCAAAAUGUUACUCACUUGAGUAUUCUUUUCACUGGUGAAGGUAAAGUAAUUUCAAAAUAAGAGAAAACAGUGUUUUACCAUGCAUAACUUUAAUCAACAGUCAAAUGUAAUGGCAGAGGCAUUCCUACAAGUGUCAGGAAAUAACAUAACAGAUGUGUGUGAAGGCACAAUUACAGGACUUGCAGAACAAGCCCACAGUCAACCAUAGGAAGGGGGGGGGGGGGGCAGACGCUCCCUUUUGUCUCAAAAGGCGGGAAAACAACCCGGCUGUCCCACAUACUGAGAGGGACCCCCCGGAGAUAAAGAGAGAAGACCCCGCCAUCCUGCAGGGGAAUUUAAACCAAUCAGAGCAAGCUAAGAAUAAUUGCAGAGAUCACAUAGCCAAUCAAUAGUCGAUAGGAACAUGUAUUUGCAUAUUGUGUAGUAUGAAUCAUUCUUGGGCAACUCGGGUGUGUGCUUCUCCUGAUAGACACAGGAAAGUACGAGGCUGUACUGAGAGGGACCUGAGACCCGAGUGCUGUAUUAGAUUUGCUUGUUAGGAAUAAAUCCACUCGUGUGUGAAAAUGCCGGCUUCCUGACGCCUUUCUUUUCAGAACGAAUACGCGUAAUUGUUGGAAGAGUGUUUGGUGAUAAGGUAAAACUUAUAUAACACUAAAACGGAGUCAGGUAAUUAUUGCG